ACCUCCCAGCAGGGCAAGCAGGGAUGAUGUUCAUCAAUAUAUCGAUUUCUGGUUCCUAGUUGGUAUUGACACGAGAUGCGGAACUUCAAGAAAUGUUAGGAUAUACAAGUGAGAGUAUCAUUGCACAGAGACGACUUUUCGCGGAGAAAACAUCAGCUCAAUGACGGGGGAGACUAAUGCUGGUCCUUCUGUGUGAAGAUAAAGAUGAACAACCCUGUCCACCGACAGCGAAUCCGAAAAUGUGGUUGGUUACGCAAGCAGGGGGGAAUGGUGAAGACAUGGCAUCGUCGCUGGUUCUGUCUCAAUGGUGACUGCCUCUUCUACUUCAGCAAGGAGGAUGACCUUAAGGCCCUGGGCUCCAUCUUCCUCCCUGGUAACAGAGUGGUGGAGCAUCCCUUCAACCCAGAUGACCCUGACAAGUUUCUGCUGGAGAUAUUUCCAGAUAAAAAGGGAAAACGUGCAACAGGUGAGAGAUUUUGUACACACUAGCUAUUGUUUGACCUGUUUGAUCUGUAUCCAGGGUUCCACUAACUCUACUUAUUACUACGGUGUAUCUCUGUAGCAUUGCUUUCCCUGAUGACCAGCCUUGUGGACAACCUCACCCUGAUUCAGUCCACUGUCCAAAUACUACUCAACACAGUUCUAAAAAAAAUCUUAUGAAAAAUAAUUUAUUCAUUUCA